GCGAUAGACAGUACGGACGAAGAAGAAAAAGUAUUUUAUUCGUGAAAUUCAACAAUUACGCUGUGCAUUAAAUUCAUAAAAAAAAUAUAUAAAAUAUAAAGUUGGGCAAAGUGAUUGUAAGAUUCAAGAAGUACAAAGUGUAAAUCAAGUGAAUAACAUUGUCUUUUUGAUUUUAAAACAAUUUAUAAUCAAGAAAAAAAAGCUGUAAAGUGUUGCGUUUUUAUCGUCGCUUUAUAUGUCCAAAACGCGUGCAAGUUUUAAAACCGUGCAACUAAAGCACGAAUCAACUGAAGAAGAGGAGGACGACGAGGAUCAGCAGCAGCAGCAGCGACCACGUCGCAACAUGCAUACAGUUGGUGAAACGGGCAGCGGCAGCGGAGUGCCUGCCUUUUUGGCGAAACUUUGGCGGCUCGUUGACGAUCCCGAUACAAAUAAUUUAAUUUGUUGGAGCAAGGAUGGCCGCAGUUUUAUUAUACAAAAUCAGGCGCAAUUUGCGCGUGAGCUCUUGCCACUGAACUACAAGCAUAACAACAUGGCCAGCUUUAUACGUCAGUUGAAUAUGUAUGGUUUUCAUAAGAUCACCUCGAUUGAGAAUGGGGGGCUACGAUUUGAUCGCGAUGAAAUUGAGUUUUCACACCCGUGCUUUAAGCGAAAUUAUCCCUAUCUACUUGAUCACAUCAAGCGCAAAAUAUCUAAUACAAAGAACGUGGAUGAGAAGACCGCGCUAAAGCAGGAGACUGUAUCCAAGGUGCUGAGCGAUGUCAAGGCUAUGCGCGGCCGUCAAGACAAUUUGGACUCGCGCUUUUCGGUGAUGAAGCAGGAAAACGAGGCUCUGUGGCGCGAAAUAGCCUCACUGCGCCAGAAGCACGCCAAACAGCAACAGAUAGUCAACAAGUUGAUACAAUUUCUAAUCUCGAUAGUGCAGCCAUCGCGUAACAUGUCUGGCGUCAAACGUCACAUGCAACUGAUGAUCAACGAUACACCGGAAAAUGCCCGUAAGCGUAAUGCCAGUGAAUCGGAAAGCGAAGGCGGCCCUGUCAUACAUGAGCUUAGCGAGGAGCUACUUGACGAGGUAAUGAACCCAAACAGCCCAUAUGCUAAGCAGUAUGAUGCAGAGAGCGUCUCACCGCUGGCUAUGGAGCGACCACGUUCCAAUACAAGCAUCACAAGUUCUCAAAAUUACGACUACUCGAAUCAGAGCGCCGAGGAUUUUAUUAAUGCUCAGCUAUUGAAUAGCGGAGAUUCUGCAACAAACGCUGCCCGUUCGCCUGGUGGCCAGCAAGUGCUAUACACCGUCACAGAAGCACCCGAUUCGCAUGUACAGGAGCAAAACCUGCAGCUCAGUCCCAACAGUCUUUACAACAGCGAUGAGCAGCUGAAUGUGCUUACCACCCCCAUGGUGCGCGAGCAGGAGGCACGCAAGCGUCAACAGCUUAAGGAGAAAAACAAACAGCGUCGCGAUACAGAAAUCAUUGGCCAGGUCGAUUUGGAUAUGUCCCCGAAAGCUUCGCGCGCACGCUCACAGUCUAAAGAACAGCCACAGGGCAAUGUCAUGCCGCAGCCAGUUCUGGUGAAGACGGAGCCGGAGUUAAGCAGUGUAGCUGGAGGUAGCAUGCCAACCUUGUUGGAGCAGGCUGAGUCAAACGACGGGGAUCUGUACAAUGUCAAUUUUAUAAGCAACGAUAUGCCAACGAAUAUUUUUGAAGAUGACUCGUUGAUGUCUAGUGCUGGCAUGGAUGAGCAAGCCGCCAAGCUGGAUCAACAGCAGCAGUUCGGACUCACCACUGUGAACACCGGAAAGUUUGCAAAUGCGCCGAUCAGCUUUGAUUUGUCCAAUAGUAACAAUGAGAAUCCUUUGGUGACCGACGCGAAUUUGGCAUCUACUUCAAAAGCGGCUGCUGGGGUGCAGGAUAUCAAUGAUGAACAACAACAACAACAGAAACAGCAGCAGCAGCAGCAACAACAACAGCAGCAGCAACAACCGAUGACCGUGGCCAAGUACACAGGAGAUAAUGGACCCGACUCACGGUUGAGUGGCGUUGAUGAGGUAACCGGUCACUUGGAUAAUAUGCAAGAUGAGCUAGACACACUCAAGGAUCUGCUGCGCGGCGAAGGCGUUUCCAUUGAUCAGAACAUGCUUAUGGGCGCUGCGCCAAAGGGCGUUGCUGCCAGGAUGCCCGUUUUGCAGCUGACCGACGAGGAACUACUACAGAAGGUCAGCGCGCUCUUUAAUGAUUCUGACGUGUUGGAUAAUUAUGGUCUGUCCUUUUUGAAUGAUAGCAUGGGCGGCGAUAAGAAAGCGAGCAGCGGCUCCGAGCUAAUGGCCUAUCAGCCCAAUAUGUAUGAUCUCUCUGACAUUUUGGACACAGACGAUAAUAACAAGCCAGGCCAAGAUGCAGCCAACGGUCGCCAAAUGCAGGCACAAAAUUCCGUGCUAAAUACGCCGCGACAUGAUAUGUAGAUAACCGUAGAUAAUACAUAAAAGUAAUAGCAGCAGCUCAAACACAAAAGGGGCGAACAAAGUUUAUAACAAUUUUU